UAAUACUUUUCCAUCCUUCUCUUAUCUCGUUCGCUCGAAUUUUAUUGUAUCACCGUGUAAACGUACGAAAACAAAUUCGUUUCUAUUCUUUUUUUUUAUUUUCGUUUAUCGAAACGAGAAAACAAGUGAACGGGAAUAUUUUAUCCUCUAAGUUGUAAAAUAUCUACGAUCGUGAAAGGGGGAAAAAAAAAAGGUUAAUUAUAAUAUCCUCCCCAACGAAGGAAGGAAAAAUUCGAUGGAAAUGGAGGAGGAAGAGGAAAAGGGAGAGGUCGAGGACUUGUACGUCGAACGAUUGUCAUCCACCUUCGAGGAUGUGACGAAGGCGUUGACGCAAACGGAGGCCGGUGAGUGCCUUCACACGUUGGGAAAAUGCGAAUCCGGGCUUGGCUACGCUUAUCUCGGCCUGAACGCGUCCAACAGGGACCUAACGGAUAUAAGGAUUAUUCCGAUGUUCAAAUACGUGCUCUACGUGAACGUCUCCGGAAAUAGAUUGAAUAACGAGGCUCUUCGCGUUCUCUCCUCCAUGAAAUAUCUUCUGAUGCUUCAAGCUGACAAAAAUCAGGUGGAAUCCGCAGAAUUGGAUCCCAUGCCUUAUCUUCAGGUUUUAACAUUGAACAAUAACAAAUUGAACAGCACAUCGGGCAUCUCCCACAAGUUUCUCGAAUGUCUGGAAUUGAAUCACAAUAACAUAGAGGAGAUCACUUUGAACCCGUACGAUCUCGAGAACUUGAAGACCCUUGAAAUCGGUGGAAAUUUUCUUACCACGACGAACGGUAUAUUCUUUCCAGGAUUGAUACGAUUGUAUCUAGGGGAGAAUCAAAUAGAGAGGUUGGAAGGGUUAGAGAUAUUGGUCAAUUUGAAAAUUCUGCAUCUGAGAAGCAACAAGAUAUCGAAUCUGUCCGGAUUUGACGCGCGAUGCGCCAAACUUAAUUAUCUGAAUCUACGAAACAACGAGAUAGCAAAAAUUUCCGAGUUGGAGAAAUUAAGCUGCCUGCCGGCGUUGGAGACGCUGGUCGUUAUGGAGAAUCCCGCGAUAGGCGAAAGAGAAAUGGAAGAGGAAGCUGCUUAUAGGCAAAUUGUCUUGGCUAUGUUGCCCAAUUUGACGCGAAUCGACAAGGAUGCAGUGUUGUACGAUGAAAAGAAAGAGGCUAAAGAGUUUCGUAGACAAAUGUUUCAAGAUGGGACAACCUUCGCUGAUCUGGAUUAUAAUUUCUUGAUCGCGGGAUGAAACUAAUCGUUUUCGUUAUAUUCUUUGUCAAAUUAUCAAUAAUUAAAUUUCGAUAUACGAUAGAGGUUAAGGAGAAAGGUUGACGAGGUUCAUUCGAAUCGGAAUCGUUUCUUUAGAAACGAAAGUUUGCCAGAUAACGAUAAACACUGAGAAUAGAUAAUGGAAGAAGGACAGAGAUAAAGUAAAAAUCAGGGAAUUAGCGCCAUCUUUAGAGUGCCGAAAACGAAACUCGUAGUAGAAAAGGAAAGCAAAUCAGAAUUGACCUUCAGCACCAUCUGUUGAUUAUUAGAGACAAUUACAAACAAUUCGACGAAUUAAUGUUUUUGAAAGUAAUUAAGAGAUGGCGUUGAUUUUCAGUUCUUAUUCUAACUUAUUCUAUCUUUAAAGAGAUAUCUUGAGUAUUCAAGAGAUGGCAUUGAUAGUUAAUUCUUAUUUAUUUAUUGACGUAUCUAGUUUCAUUUGCGGCACUCUACAGAUGGCACUGAUUCCCUAAUUUUUAUUCUAACUUUAUCUUUCUUCUACUAUCUACUUUCCUUAUCUAUCUUUAGUUUU